AUGGUCUGCUGGAAAACAGUGACCUUGAUUCUCGUGGUUUGUUUGACUGCGGAGAAUGGGUUAUGUGUUCCUGCUUCUAUCAAGGACUUCCCAAGUGAGGGAAAGGAGGUCGUCCAAAGCGACAUCGAAGGUUUGAACAAUCCAGUACCUCUAGAACUCUCGCAAACCAAUGGCGAACAUCAUGCUCACCAGGCUGCUUCCGACAUGAGCCGUGACGCGAAUCACGAUCAUCUGGGCGUCAAAGAUCUUGAUGAGAAUGGUCAACCAAGAAAACAUCCCAAGUCCAUCCGCCACAACUCAGUUUACCAACACCUUGUGGGAGUGGCAGAGGAAAUUAAAAUAGCAAACAUCAUGCGCGAACUGAGGACGCAGUACGAGCAGGAAAAUUUGAUGUUGAAGCAGGCCGAUUGGAAUUCGAUGAUCAAGACUGCUACUUGGACUAAAGAAUUGAUCAAAGAAGUCAUACCAUCGCGUAUCUCAACAGACGAUUGGGCUACAAUGGAAGAAGUUCACGAAGAAUUAGAAGUUUUCUACGACCGUAUUGAGACUAUUUAUGGAUCCCCAAUCCCGGUGAUUGCGACGGACACCAAAUCGCUUGCUCAACCUCCCAAACCAAUCGACUUGAUUCCGAAAUCAUUCCUGGAAGAGUAUAAAGAAUCGAUCAAGAAGUUGGUCUCGAUCCUAACAAGACCAUCGGAUCUACGCGUCAAUUAUUUCCACGUUCGUGUAGCAUGGACGAAAUGCAUCUUGGAGAGCUUGGUUUAUUUGUAUAAAUACAAACUCAUCCCAUCGGAUAUGACGGAAACCUUUGCGAAUUAUUUGAAAGAUCCUGUUGUCUUGAAAUGGCUUGCACAGGAAUCUCAUCGGAUUUUCGGUUAUGCUACCAGGUAUUGGAACAACUUUCAUCACGAUUUAAAUGAGAUUGAAUUCCUACAAAACCAUCCAUUACUUUCACCAAUGGCCGACAUCUUCGGUGAUUUUGUCUACCGGAUGACGUUUCCCAUGAAAGACAUCGUCGACACUACCGCGAGUAGCAUUAGAAGUAGUACACACAUUCAAGUCUCGUGGCAGAUGGAGUUCAUGGAAAAGAUGGAAGAAAUCCUCGCCAAAGAAUUCCUGCCAAACCACCACUCAAAUGACAAUGAUCCAGAAGAAUCGAUAUUACAGGGUCUUUCAGAAGUCAAAGACGGGCUAUUGAAGAUGAAGGAUUUCUUGAUCUCGCCCGUUCUCGAGCCGGAAAUCGAUUCUGAAGUUCAAUUCCACAUCGUCCGAUUCUCAUUUCUGAUCCUGGAUUUUGCGCAGAGGAAGUAUGGUCCAAAGUUUAUCGAGCACCUCGGUUUAAACGAUCCCCAUGACCCAAACACAAUCAGUUUCAAGAGGAAUUUCGAACUGAUGAGGUUGAUUGGACAAGUAGAUUUAUGGAGGACGAUGUUUCUAGAUUAUGGAUGGUUCGUCUGGAUGGAAUUUGAUUAUGGUCGUCCAAUACCGCAAGAUGCAUGGUCCAAUAAAGGAAGUUUCUUUUAUUACAAGCUCAAGGAAGCAGCUAAUAAUUACAAACAAUUCUUACUGAUUCAAUUCGAUCAAGAUCCUGGAUGGAAAGAUUUCCUGCAUACCAAUAGGUUUUUCCGUUUUUUCAAAGAGUCUUGGGACUCUGAAAUCCAAAACCUUCCUUGGUUAUACGUCAUCUUCAAAAGAAUCAUAGCCAAAAAAAUCCCCGGUGAUUAUUCUGAUCUACCAAUCAGUAUGUUCAUCGAAAAAUGA